UUUCAGUUUCUAAUCACUCACUCUAACUGAAACAAUUAGUUUCAUCUUCUCAUUUUUCUCUAAAAACCCAUUUCAAAUCCCUCUCUAGUUUUCUUCCCUCCUCUCUCUUGAAUUUCCUGCAGAAUUCUAAACCUCUGUUUUUCUGUUCAGUUUUGCUUACACUUGAUUAGUUAUCAAGAUAUUAUCAAGAUCAUGGAGUUUGUGGAUAAUGUGAAAAUGGAGAAAGCAAAUGCAAUGAAAAAAUACGAUCAAUUACAGAAGAUCGGAAACUUCUUCAGGAUUUUUGAGAUAUGUGUUGUUCUGGUUUUAGUUUCUUGGUUCUCAACUAGAUUACCAAACGUAAUUCAAGUCUUGGGGUAUUACUUUCAGGAAUUCUGUAUCAUAUUAGUAAGUCCUCGGUUCGUAUUCUUCUUGGGUAAUGCAAUUAUUUUAACACUUUUCAUCAAGUCUGGUAAAAUAUCAAGAAAUGAUGAUUCUUCAGUAAACAGUGGUGGAGACCAUAUAUAUGAUGAGUUUAUCAAGAAAAGUAACGAAACAAAUCAGAAAAUUCAGAAGAACAUUCACUUUUCUCCAAAAGAAGAGAUUGUGUACGAAGAUAAACAAACAGUAUAUGAAGAGAAGAACAAUUAUACAGUUCCUUCUUCUGAUACUACUGCCCAUGUAUCUUCUUCAACGACCGCUAUGAACACGAAGAUGACGAAGAAGAUGAACAAGACUAAGGAUACAAAAUUCAGGAGAACUCAGUCUGGGAUUCCCAAAGGUGUUUCAACAAAUGAGAACCCUAUUAACAAAAGUGAGUUGCGACGAUCAGUGACUGAGAAAUGCCGAAGACCUAACCCACCGGUUGUUGUUGAAGAAUCAGUAGAAGUGGAUUAUGAGCAAGAGAUGAGUAAUGAAGAGUUCCAGAGGACUAUAGAGGAGUUCAUCGCGAAACAGAGACUAUUUCGUAGAGAAGAAUCAAUGGCUAUUGUUCUUCAGUAAUAAUAUGUCCAUUAAUUAGUGGUUAAUUUAAUUAAUUAACGGUAUUUUUAAGAGAUUAGAGUUUUUCUUAAGUACUGUGGUAGUGAAAAAAAGAAAUUAAAUUUCUUUUAAGUUCGCUCACUUUUUCAUGGGUCUUUAAUGAUCUGGAUUAUGAUGUACAUACAGUUGUUAAAUAUCACGAGAGAAAGGAAGAAACAGGGGCAAUUGAAUUCUCACUUUUGCUCUCUCACCUUUACAUUUUA